AUGAGGGGCCCCCUAAUGAAGCCCCUACGGACCCCGGAUAUGCAGCGCAAGCGGCAGCACCGACAGCACCAGCAACAACAGCCAGCGCAAGCACCGCAGAGCCGAGGGCUAAGCCUCAAACAGCAGAUCGAACAGCAACACCAGCAGCAGCUCGUCCCAUGGAGCAGCAGCCAACCAGCGAACGCCUCUGGCAGUCGCUAUAGCCCUUACCCCAGCAGCAGUAGCAGCAGCAGCAGCAGUAGCAGUAGCAGUAGUAGUAGUGGAGGAGGCGUACAGCGCGCGUACGGGCCUGCAGCCACUCCGCCCUCUUCCCAAUUUAUUGGAGGCGGCCCCCCGUCAUCGGAGAUUGUCCCUUUUGAGUUGGUAGCAGAGCAGCUGCUGCAGAGUGGAGGGCCAGUACGCCGUUUGCGCUUUAAUGCCGGCCGUCAGGCCAAGUCUCUUGUUGUCGCAAAGCUGCCGGAGAGGCUGAGGUCUCUCAAGCAACCGAUCUGCAUUUCUAAAGAUGUGCCUGUGCUGCCUCCCGGUUCAGAGGCGCAUGUAGUCGCUGCCGCGGCUGCUGCUGCUCCUUGGCGCUUGCGGGAUUCUUCUGAUAUGCAGCAGUUGCAGGCAGAGCAGCAGCAGCACCACCAAGAGACAGAGCAGCAGCAAGGGGAGAUGGACUCGACCCUACCGUCGAUGGCCCCCCGCCGUCCGCAGCAGAAAACGUUUAUCACGCGAAAAAACGAAGUUGACGCCUCCUGCUUCUUCCUUCUCGUGGAAAACCAGGGCGUCAUCGACGUGCUGCCAGUCUCCGAGUGGCUCACUUUCGAGAGGACCCUUGCGACACAACAGCCAUCCCCCGAAGAAAUCGAACAACGGUCGAAGGCACAGGCUUCCCUUGAGGCCGCCUUGACGCAGAGGGCUGCUGGCCUUCGCCGAGGCAGCGACAGCGACGAAGAGACACGCAGGGGUGCCGUGCAGGGGACUGCAGCCAGCAGCAGUCUCUUUGAAGACGAAUUAGGACUCGAAAGGCAGAAGAAGAAAAGGCUCAAGGGCUUCUUAAAGGACAGGGGCGGCAAGAGCGCUGCCAAUGAGUACAUAGAUUCAGCACUGAGUAUCGGCAAUCUACGGCAAGAAGCGGUAACCUGGGACUUUGAAGAAGGCGAGAGGAGCGAUGAUGAGGGAGGCGAGGCGCCGCAAGACGCUAAAGACAACGCUGCAGAUACCCUCGAGGCUGAGCCUGUAGACUCGGAGACAGAUGACGACCCUGAGGACCCUCUUACCUCAUUUGGGCAGAAAAUGAAAAACCUUCUGGAGAAAGCCCGCGACGAAGAAGCAGACGCAGAGCUUAAUCAGUACGCUUCUGAUGAUGACGAUGAAGAAGGCGCAGAAGAAAAGGUGCAAGACGCACAGCCUGCGACUCCUGGCCCUACGGGCGGUCCCCCCUCCGACGUAGGCCAGCGUUCGGUUGUAUCCUCUGCGUCAAGAGGGUCUCAAGCAGCACCGCUUCAACAGUCGGUGGAUUUCAGGAUUUCGCAACUGCCAGAGGACACUCGGGAAACCUUGGAGGCCAAGGUGGUGCGGGUCAUGCAGCAGCACAUGGGCAGGAUGGCCGUCAAGGACUUCAUGAGCGCGUUUAAGGUCAAACAGAAAAACGAGGAGUUUAAGCGAAUCCAGGCGGUAGUCCACAAAGUGUGCAAGAUGGAGGCCACAGAAGACAAGCAAAAGUUUAUUGUCUUAAAGCCGGAGUUUCGCCUUUGA